AGAUCAUUUUUAAUUAUCCCACGUGCAACGUAGGCUCAGGCCAAAAAAUCGCCAAAAUUCUACACCCACAAACUUUAAUCAGCCCCGAGAUUUCGCUCCAGUUCGCAACGGCGACCACAAUGCCCUACAACGGCGCUAGCAAUGGCAGCGGCGGUGGUGGCGGCGGCGGUGCCAGCGGGGGCGGGGCCACCAUCGUUGUCAGCGAAGGACCGCAGAAUAAAAAGAUACGCACCGGUGUCCAGCAGCCCGGUGAAAAUGAUGUGCAUAUGCAUGCUAGGUCCACACAACAACAGAAUCAGCAGCAAGCACUUAUGAACAAGUCAAAUGACGACCUACGGAGAAAGCGUCCAGAGACUACACGGCCAAAUCACAUUCUACUGUUCACCAUCAUAAAUCCCUUCUAUCCCAUCACAGUUGAUGUCUUGCACAAAAUCUGUAAUCCACAUGGCCAAGUGCUGCGUAUUGUCAUAUUCAAGAAGAAUGGUGUACAAGCCAUGGUUGAGUUCGACAGUUUGGAUGCUGCCACAAGGGCGCGUGAAAAUCUUAAUGGAGCUGAUAUCUAUGCCGGAUGUUGCACAUUGAAAAUUGAUUAUGCCAAGCCGGAGAAAUUGAAUGUGUAUAAGAAUGAGCCCGAUACCAGCUGGGACUAUACGCUGAGCACAGGUGAGCUUUUACCAAUUAAGGAUAUUGGAAAUGGUCGCUCGCCAUUACUGCAGGAGCCUCUUUACGGUACACGACCUCAGCCCUACAGUAAGUCGCUGUUUUCUAUACCCGAAAAUGUUGUUAUGCUUGACAGCCAGCCACCGCUAUUGGGACCAGGCACCGCCUUCCCACCAUUCGGAGCCCCCGAAUAUCAUCCAACCACACCCGAGAAUUGGAAGGGAGCCGCCAUUCAUCCCACUGGCUUGAUGAAGGAGCCCACCGGCGUAGUACCCGGUCGCAAUGCACCGGUUGCUUUCACACCCCAAGGACAGGCCCAGGGUGGCGUAAUGAUGGUCUAUGGCCUGGACCACGACACUUCCAACACAGAUAAACUCUUCAAUUUGGUUUGCCUGUACGGCAACGUGGCUCGGAUCAAAUUCUUGAAGACCAAAGAAGGUACCGCCAUGGUACAGAUGGGUGAUUCAGUGGCCGUUGAACGUUGCGUACAGCACUUGAACAACAUUCCCGUUGGCACUGGCGGCAAAAUACAGAUUGCUUUCUCCAAACAGAAUUUCCUAUCCGAGGUGAUCAAUCCGUUCUUGCUGCCCGAUCAUACACCCAGUUUCAAAGAGUAUACUGGCUCGAAAAACAAUCGUUUCUUAUCGCCAGCUCAGGCCAGUAAGAAUCGCAUUCAACCACCGAGCAAGAUUUUGCACUUUUUCAACACACCGCCCGGCUUGACCGAGGAUCAGCUCAUUGGUAUCUUUAAUAUCAAGGAUGUGCCAGCCACUUCUGUGCGCCUAUUCCCCUUGAAGACCGAACGUUCAUCAUCGGGUCUGAUCGAGUUUCCCAACAUAUCUCAAGCUGUCCUGGCCAUCAUGAAGUGCAAUCAUCUGCCGAUAGAGGGUAAAGGCACCAAAUUCCCAUUCAUCAUGAAGUUGUGCUUCUCAUCAUCGAAGAGCAUGAACGGCGCCUGGAACAAUGCGACCAGCGAAGGCAUGAUCGAGAAGGAGAACGAUGUCGACUCCAAGGUGGACAUCUACAAUUGAGAUUUGAUAACGAUUGUGUAAGAAGGGAGAGCAAGCAGAAAGCCAACAAGCAACCAACUAUCAACAGGCCACUUUCUACCAUCCGGCUGCUUGCCACAAGACACAUUACACAAUAUAUAUACAAACAACUAUAGCAACAACAACAACAUCAACAUCAACAGCAAAUCUACUAAAAAUUGCAACUAGGAAAACAAGCAUAUAUAUAUCUAUAUAUAUAUAUAUAUGUAUAUAUGAUCAUCAACCAAAACAUGAGUGGAUGCAACAUCAGGAUGAAGAGACACACACAAAUAUACUUUCUCUCUACAAAAGAAAACAAAAAAAAAAUUUACACAGCUAUAUAGAUGUCUACCUAAUAUCUAUAUAUAUAAAAUAGAUACUUAUAUAUAUUUAUAUAUAGAGAAAGAGCGAAAAACAUAGCCGGCGGCAACAACUUGAUCAAUUGUACAAAUUUCUCAUGCAUUGCAAAACAAACAAAAAAAAACCAACAAACAAUUGACUCAAUAAGCAAAGAAUAAGAAACAAACAAGCAAACCAACAACCAAACUAGUAGAAGAAGAUAAAAAGGAAAAGAAGAAAGAAGAAUAUAUGGAUAAAGCGCGCAAUUAGAAACCGCCAUACGCAAACGCAUGUAGCUUUUCUACGUGCCAUUUUCCGAUAAUUGAAUGGAAAAUUCAUAUCAGUCGACAAAAUGGCAACGUUGAAAAGCAGCAAAAAGCAAACAAAAAAUAAGUCUCCCAAUUUCCCCCCCUAAUUCCCAUCAAUUUUUCCCUCCAGCACAAUUAACAACUCCCAUACACACUUUACACACUUAACACACACACACACACAACAAAAUUACGACAACAAAAACAACAACAUUCUCUUGUGUACAUGCGUUUGCGUCUCAUCAAACAGAUAAAACAAAAAAAUAUAUAUAAAAUAAAGAAGAAAUACAUUGUUAAUUAAUAAAAAAGAAAAAGAAAAUCAGAAUUAUAUAAACAUUAGUUUACAGACAAGAAAUCGAAGAAGAAAAAAAAGAAAGUGAAAAAUGCAAAAACAGCAGCAACAAUAACAACUACAUCAGAAGGAAAUCUAAAAAAGGACGACGAAAGAAAACAAAACACCAAGCAAAAUAAAUUAAUUAAUUUCCUCUUAUUUUUCACUUUUUUUUUUUUUGUUUUUUGUACAGUUUUCCGUGUGUGUGGAAAAUUUUUAAGCCGAAUUGUAAACUAUAUGUUGUAACUAAUGUUUAAAUAAAAGAAAAAAAAAUUAAAAAUAAA